AUGAAUGACGAAGCUUCCUCGAUACACGGCAACAUUCGCGCCUCGUCUAUCUACACCAGCGAAAGUGGGGAGUGGAAACUUGGUGGUCUGGAGAUUCUGAGCGCGGUCAAGGAAGACGAUGGAAUCAUAUUCAGCCAUGGCAGCCUCGUGCCGGAUAUUGGUCGGUACAGUCCACCGGAAGUGGCUAAGAAUGGCUGGGACAGUAUAAGGAAGAACCCAACGCAUGCGGUCGACUCGUACCAGUACGGCAUUUUGGUGUCGGAAGUGUUCAAUGGCAGCUUCUCAGGCUCCGAGCAAGUCGGCACCACAAAGGACGUCCCACUGAACAUGCAGACGACCUACAAGCGCUUGACUCACGCCAUGCCAAAGAUGCGACUGAGUGUUGGUCAUUUCUUUGAGCAAGGCAGUCGAAGUGGUGGUUUCUUCGACACACCCCUAAUACAGCUUGCGGAUGGCAUUGAGAACCUGGGUCUGAAGUCUGAGGCCGAGAAAGAUGCUUUCCUGAGUGAACUAGAACGAGUCGCAGAAUCCGACGACUUCCCAGAAGACUUCUUCAAGGUGAAGGUAUUGCCAGAACUGCUAAAGUCCGUUGAGUUCGGAGGCGGUGGACCAAAAUCGUUCAGCUUGGUGAUGCGAAUAGCAUCUAAGUUAGCAGAAGACGAGUAUGACUCGCAGAUCACACCAGUGAUCGUGCGCCUUUUCACCAGCCCGGACCGCGCACUGCGUGUGUGUCUUCUUGGCAAUCUGCCACUCAUGAUCGAUCAUCUCAGCCAGAGGAUCGUUACGGAUAAGAUCUUUCCGCAGAUGGUGACUGGGUUUGGAGAUCUCGCGCCAGUCGUGCGAGAACAGACCGUCAAGGCUGUGCUCGUCAUUGUGCCGAAGCUGUCAGACCGCGUAGUCAAUGGCGAACUCCUGCGACAUCUGGCUAAGACCGCAAACGAUGAUCAACCUGGUAUUCGCACAAAUACAACCAUCUGCUUGGGCAAGAUGGCGAAAAAUCUCGGACCCGCGUCGAGAUCGAAAGUACUGAGCGCAGCGUUCGCGCGAGCACUCCGUGAUCCCUUCGUCCAUGCACGGAAUGCUGCGCUAAUGUCGCUCGCUGCUACAGCGGAUGUCUUUACAGAAGAGGACUGCGCUAUAAAGAUGCUACCUGCCAUAUGUCCAAGCUUAGUCGACAAGGAGAAGAUGAUCCGUGACCAGGCCAACAAGACCCUAAACAUUUAUCUGGAGCGUGUACGCAAAUAUGGACAGACACUACCAGAGUCCAUGCUACCUCCACCAUCAGAUGGCAGCAAUCCGGGCACGAGGAUAAGCACACCGCAGCCUGGACCGGGCGGUGGACAAUGGGUUGGCUGGGCUAUUUCGUCCUUCACGAACAAGAUUGCUACUGCGAGUGGAGAGAUUCAGCCGAAUGCCAAUGGCACCAAACCUACACCUUUCGAGCGUACAGCUUCGGAUCCCUCAGCAAAUGGUGUCCCGCCUCGGCCAACAACUCACGCUGCUCCCUCAGCACCUGUCGUCCCACGCGUACUUUCGAGCGUCGCAUCGCGAGAAGCAGAUGCAGAGGACUUUGGAGCUGGAUGGGGUGAUAUAGAUGAUGCAGCUGAUACUGCGGAUCCUUGGGGCGAUCCUGUGCCUACCGCCUCUCGCAGUUCGAUGACCUCGCAAGUCUCUCGACCAAGCACGACGUCAAGCGCAACAUACGAUGAUGGGGGUGAACCGGAUUUCGAAGGUUGGCUCAACGCUCAAGCUGCCGCAAAACAACAAAGCAAGAGACCAUUGCCUAAGGGCCUAGCAACGAAGAAGACUACCGUACCUGCGUCGAAGUCAGGUGGUGCAGCGCCCGCCAAGAAGCCUUCUCCUUUGUCUGGGACUAGUAGACCGAUCACUAGUAAGCCUGUAGCAGCGCCGAAGGAUGACGAGGAAGGUGAUGGAUGGGGUGACGCGUGGGACUAA